AUGCAUUUCCUUUGUCUGCACGGAGUUGGCACCAACAUCAGAGUCCUCGAGCUCCAGACUAGCGCCAUUCGAUUUGCCCUCGGCCCCGGGCAUACGUACGACUUUGUCGAAGGGGCGCUGGACCACCCCAUGGCACCCGGGAUCUCCAACCUCGUUUCACCCACAGACACCUUCCACGCGUACUUUGCCCCGACCUCGGGCCUCAGCAUGCUCUCCGCGCUGCGCGAUCUCGACGCCCUCAUCGCCGACGCAGACCCCCCUUACGACGGCGUUGCGGGCUUCAGCCAUGGAUCCUGCCUAGCGGCCACCUUACUACUUCGCCCUUCUCCUUCCCCUCUGGCGGGCCUCGCAGAACAUUCCACCUUUGCUACCAUGCGUGCGCGGGCCCCGGCCCCGUUCAGGGUCGCCGUGUUUUUCUCCGCGGGGAUGGCGGCCGACUAUGCCGCUCUGCAGGACGACGAGGUCAAGAUGCUAGAACAAACGCAAGCGCAAGCCCCGUCUAGUGGAGAACGCGCUGCAGUUCCGAUGACCAUUGAUAUCCCGACCGCGCACAUCUUCGCAGAGAAUGAUGAGGUUGCGCCGGGGCAGGGCCACUUGCUGGCCAGGCUGUGUUCCGCACAGGGGAGGCAUGUUUCUACGCAUCGGCUGGGUCAUUGCAUCCCGGGCGCAGGGGAGCGACGCGACUUGGAUAAUGCAGUUCGGGCGAUUAGAGGCGCUAUUAGUGAUGCAGAAGCGAGGGGGAAGGGGUAGUAGUACUAGUAGGGAAUGGCAAUAGGAACUGGAAUGUCGCUCGCUCUUAUUUCG